AUUUACAGCUAAUAAAUUGUCUCAAUACUCUCAUACCUGCCAUACACACAAGUCUGUGUCAACUGAUCUUGUUGUCGGUGUUGCAUUGAAACAAUGCCAACGUUCGUGUCAAAGCCGAAAUUAGUGAUAUCAAUCCGUUAAACUGGAGAGAGAGAAGUACGUUUAAUGCGAUGCACACAAUUUCAUCAUUGAGUAAUUCAGAUUUUCCAUGCGUAAUUCUUCUUUACAAAUGCCAUCUCACUCUCUCUCACUCUCGCAAUUGUAAAAGUAAAAAGUUGUUCUCUGACGAAGACUCCACAUGAAGUGUUCGAAUGCCGCGCUAGCAAAUCAGUCGCUGAAUGUAUGCCAUUGGCAUCGGAUCGGAAAUCUUCAAUUAUUUCUCUUGAAACGUGUCGAAAAGAGUGAGGAGAAAACAUCAUCUCUCACCCCGUUAAUUGUUCACUUUGCAGCAGUGUAGCGAUAUUGAAAUUCCGGUGUUAUUGUUUGUUUUUUUCUCCCAUACGGAAGCCCAGUUCACUGGUGUUGAGGAAAAACUACUGAUAAUAUUGAGAAGAGUGUGCAGAAAAGGUGUUUCCCAUGUGGCAUUGGGAGAAGAAAAGUGAAAAUAAAAGUUCCUACGUGUAUUCUACUUCUGGACACAAGUACAAAACUUCCUUUGCCUGAUUGAUAAAUGCUAUUGUGCACAUUGUGAAGCAAAAAUGGUGCUAGGCAGUUUAUUGAGCUUUCCCAAAAGCGUCAUCUUCAUUUUGCUCAAUGAAUUGGCAGAAAGAGCCAAUUUCUAUGGCAUGAAAGCCAUUUUGGUUCUCUAUUUGAGAAACAAAUUGAACUACAGCGAUGAUGAUGCCACGGCGAUCUAUCACAUUUUCGUGAGCUUUGUGUACUUUUUCCCUGUCUUCGGUGCCAUAAUAGCUGAUAGUUGGCUUGGGAAGUACAAAACAAUCUUCCUGCUAUCGAUAGUCUAUGCAACUGGAAGCGUGGUCAUUUCCCUGGGAGCAAUACCACUUCUGCAUUUGCCGAUUAAGGUCAUGACUUUCGUGGGAAUGCUGCUGAUUGCCAUUGGCACUGGAGGGAUAAAACCCUGUGUGGCAUCCUUCGGCGGGGAUCAAUUUAAACUGCCCGAGCAAGCAGCCAUUCUCGCGAGCUUCUUCUCACUCUUCUACUUCGCCAUCAAUGCAGGAUCAUUUUUCUCCACACUUGUAACACCAAUUCUCAGGGAGGAUGUCAAGUGUUUUGGCGAAUUCCAUUGCUAUUCACUGGCUUUUGGUGUUCCGGCAAUUCUGAUGAUCAUAUCUAUUGUGAUAUUCGUGGCUGGAAAGCCACUGUACAAGAUCACAAAGCCCACCGGAAAUAUGGUGGUUUUGGUGUCGAAGUGCAUAGGAAAUGCAAUUGUCACGCGAUGGCGAGAGGGAAAGAACAACGCGAGAUCCAGUUGGUUGGAAUAUGCAGAGCCAAAAUAUGGGAGAAUUUUGGUUAGAGAUGUGAAAGUUUUACUGAAAAUUCUCAUUCUAUAUUUACCACUGCCAUUCUUCUGGGCGCUCUUCGAUCAACAAAGCUCACGAUGGACAUUCCAGGCAACGCGAAUGGAUGGCAAAGUUGGAGGCACGACCAUUAAACCAGAUCAGAUGCAAGUGAUCAAUCCUCUGCUAAUCCUCGCAUUUAUUCCACUCUUCGACGUUGCAAUCUACCCGAUGUUGGCCAAGAUUGGCAUCAGAAGGCCGCUUCAGAAGCUCACACUUGGCGGAAUCUUGGCGGCCAUUGCAUUCGUCCUGUCGGGAUUGGUAGAACUAAGGCUUGAGUCCGCCUAUCCAACGCUUCCGCCCAGUGGAUAUACUCAAAUACGCAUUUACAACGCAAUGCCAUGUCCCUACGUCUUCAACAUCGACGGACAGUUCGAGAACAUCACCAUCGAACCCCGAAAUGUCUAUCUGACUGAGAAAUUGGAGAUUCCAGCCGAUGGCCGCCCAUUUGAGAUAUUCACUGAUAUGAAGUUCAUUGGCACGAACAUACCACAUUGCCCGCCAAGACUGCAAUUCCAGGUGACUCCGAUGGACAAGGAAGUCGUUGGCGUGAUUGCACAUAUUCUCGAUGGCCAGACAGAACCGAAAUUUGAUCAAUUUGAAGACUCACCAACGAAAUCCAAAGAGAGUCUCCCUGUACUGAGAUUCUUUAUGAACAUUCACAAUACUUCUGUGAAUCUCGUGAAUGAGGAGGACAAUUCUCAAACAUACUCUGUGCCAAAUAUGAAGAGAUUCAGUGUUCCCGUUGGCACAUGGAAGACUCAUGUGGAAGGAGUGCCACUUCAGUACACCACAAGUGUUGGCGUAGGAAGCGUGAAAAGCUACAUUCUAACCAAAUAUGGUGCAGAAGAUUUGGUCUUGAGGGAGUUCGAAUUGUCGCCCGCCAAUUCGGUUCACAUGCUGUGGCAGAUUCCGCAGUACGUCACCAUGACUGCCGGCGAGGUGAUGUUCUCCGUGACUGGCCUGGAGUUCUCCUACUCGCAAGCGCCAGUCAGCAUGAAGUCCGUCCUGCAAGCCUGCUGGCUCCUCACUGUCGCCUUCGGCAAUAUCCUCGUCGUGACGAUAACACAGCUCAAGUUCUUCGACUCUCAGUCUGCGGAAUUCUUCCAGUUUGCCACAAUGAUGGCAAUCGAUAUGGGCAUUUUCGUUCUCAUCGCAAUGCGAUACAAAUAUGUGGUGUACAGCGAUGAGAAUGCAGCGGAAGAGGGUGAAAAGGUCGUGGAUAACAAUAUUGCUCUGGAGCAGAAAGCGAAUAAGGAAGGCAUCGCGAAUAAAGCCUUCAAUGAGGAGUGAUAAUUCUCCGCAUAAUUCCAGUAUGAAAAAUCUCAAUUAUUCAAUUUGUAAUUUAAUAAUAAAUACCUUUUAAAAUGUCAAA